AUGUUGCAUAGCUACGAGGCCCGCGCCAUGACGAAGCGUAUGCCACAGGAUCUAGCGCAAAGUGAUGCUACCCUUCAAAACUGUUUGAGGUUAUUGCGCGCUGUCUGGCAACGGAAGUAUGAGUACGUAUACAAGGUUCUGAGAGACCUACCAUGGCCUGAGAUGCUCAAGCCAACAGUACGAAAAUACGAACUUCAUUUUCAGGAAAAGACCUUAAAGGAAGUCAGCCGAGCCUACGAAGCGAUUCGGCCUGAUGCGGCUGCAAACUACCUUGGCCUUGAUGCAACCGCCGCGAAGCAGGGCGAUCCAGCUAUCAUAAGCAAGUUUACAGCCUGCGGGUGGAGAUGGGACGAGCAAAACGGGCUCCUCUAUCCCCAACCCAUUACCACUCCUAGGGAAAAGACUGGACACUCCUCCGACGGGUUGAGCGAUGUCAUGGCGCUGAUGGGAUCUCAUUCCGGCUGA